AUGGCGUAUCGGACGGAGGCUCCGUUCCGGCCACAGGAUGCGCGCGAAGUUGGGGAUAUGCUCCGCGGCCUCGAGGCACACAAAGGCAAGGCCAAGAACAAGGACGACUUUUCAUGCCGCAAGAACACUUUCUCAGUUGAUGGCUCCCAAAUCAAAGUUGAUUCGUGGAAAAUGCAAGAUUGGGACUACAAAAAGGAAAACCUGCCAACAUAUGCUCGUGGACUUUUCACAACACAAACCAGCCAUGGCCCAGAAAUUGCAGUACGAGGAUACGACAAGUUCUUCAACCACGGCGAAGUACCUGAUACUGAGUGGGGGAACGUUGAGCGGAACACUCGGGGACCGUAUGAGCUGAGUGUGAAGGAAAAUGGUUGCAUCAUCUUCCUGGCCGGACUGGAGGAUGGAACUCUCAUCGUGUGCAGCAAACACUCGACCGGUUCGCGUGCAGAUGCAGGGGCGAGUCAUUCCAGUGUGGGUGAGAAAUGGGUUGAGCGUCAUCUGGCCAGCGUUGGCAAGACGAAGCGAGACCUGGCGUUGCGGUUGCGCCAGAUGAACGCGACAGCUGUUGCGGAACUUUGCGAUGAUGAGUUUGAGGAGCACGUGCUGGCAUACACGCCGGAGACUGCUGGUCUCUAUCUUCAUGGGAUAAAUCUCAACCUGCCCGAAUUCGCAACCUAUCCACAUCAUCUGGUGGAUCAGUUUGCAGAUCAAUGGGGGUUCAAAAAGACCACAUACAUCAUCAAAGACGACAUCGCAGACGUGAAGAACUUUCUGGACCAAACUGCAGAGAGCGGUAGCUACGAUGGACGUGACACCGAAGGCUUCGUCAUUCGAUGUCGYUCGAAGGCUCACACUGGCGAGUGGCAUGAUUGGUUCUUCAAAUACAAGUUCGAGGAGCCUUACUUGAUGUACCGACAGUGGCGGGAGUGCACAAAAGCAGUCGUUGCUGGGAAGCAGCCAAAGUUCAAGAAGCACAAGAAAAUCACAGAGGAGUACCUGGUCUUCGCGCGCCGCCAGCUCCACGCGAAUCCCGCGCUGGGCAAAGCAUACAACAACAAUCAUGGUAUUAUCAAGAUGCGUGAUGACUUUUUGGCCUACCGCGGGUUGAACGGCGCAGAAAUAAUUCGACAGGAGGCAGAGGAUGGCGAGGUGACCAACGACGAAGUCACGGGAGACGUCGUUCUCGUCCCUGUCGCAACCAUUGGCUGUGGCAAGACGACAGUUGCACUUGCGCUGUGCAAGCUAUUCAACUGGGGUCACGUACAAAACGACAAUAUCACAGCGAAGCGAGGCAAACCCCAAGCGUUUGCAGCCGAAUGCACGAAGCGUCUACUGGAAUCUCCCGCCAUGAUCGCUGAUCGAAACAAUCACCAGCGUCGCGAGAGAGCGCAGCUCAUUGAGGAUAUAUCCAAGGUGGUUCCCUACGCUCGUUUUGUGGCUCUGCACUUCGUCCAUGAGAGAGAUCAAUACGACGAGAUUCGGACUGCGCUUCGGCAGCGCGUAUUGAUGAGAGGAGAUAACCAUCAGACCAUUCACACAAGCAAAGGUGCCGAGGAGAUUAUUGGCAUCAUGGAGGGUUUCAUGCAUCGCUUCGAGCGGGUCAAGUCGGACGUGCCGCCAGACGAUGGGUUUGAUCUGGUCAUCGACCUCGACCCUAUUUCUUCGUCGAGAGAGAACCUCGAGACAGUGGUAUCCAGACUCUACAGUGAGUAUCCUAAGCUCUUCGAUGGUCAAGAUAUGCCCACUGCAGAAGACAUGGAUGCGGCAAUUCAGGCUGCUCUGUCAGAGUACACCGUCGACAUCAAGCAUGAGAUCAACGGCCGCGAUGAUCGCAAGAGCAAGCAAAACAACAGCAGAGGCGAACCUCAAACCCAGUCAGAUGCCGGCCGCAAACAAAAGGAGCCCAAAUUGGAAUACUUUGCAGUUCAGGUGCCUGCAAACAAAGUCAGCGCAACUUUGAGGUCGACAUUUCAACAGUCCUCGGCUGAGGUCUCUCGAAUGUACGCCUCCCUGAGCUCUCAACGCCGCAUACAGAACGAGUUUCAUGUCACCCUCAUUCAUCGCGCCAAUUCCGCCCAGCAUCACGACACUUGGGCGCACCUCUCGGACCUUUACGCGAAGCACUCGGAGCCUACUGCGGACCGUCCUUUUGUACUGCCCAGUCCAAAGCUGGGCAUUUGCAGCGUCCGGCUGGAGCGCCUCAUAUGGGACAAGCGUGUCAUGGCAUUCCUUGUUCGCCUCGGUCCGGCUGAGGGUAGUGACCAGCACUUUACCAGCACCAACAAGCUGCCACACAUCACUGUUGGCACAGCUUCGCCCGAUAUCAAGCCCAAGGAAUCGAAUGACCUGCUCGCGAGGUGGGAGCAAGAAGGUUGCACGCCGCAGAAUGGCAUUCACGGUCUUUUGGUGGAGGGUAACGUUGAGCUGGAGGGCACUGUCAAGUGCAUCCUAUCACGGUGA